GGCGACGGACAGAUGGUACAGAUGGACUCCAGUAAAUCUGGCUAUGUGGGUUCACAAGUGGAACUGCGCUGCAUUUUCAUCAACAGUAACCCGCCAGUCAAGAUCUCUCAAGUGACCUGGCAGAAGCUCCUCAACGGCACCAAACAGAACGUGGCCAUAGCCAACCCGGCCCUCGGCGUGUCCGUUCUGCCGCCCUUCAAGGAGCGGGUCAGCUUCAAGCAGGCAGCGGUUCGCCAUCGUACGCCCUCCCUGGAGGACACCACCAUCGUGUUCUCCAGUCUGCAGCUGUCUGAUGAAGCUGCCUACAUCUGCGAGUAUACCACAUUUCCUGCAGGCAACCGGGAGAACAUGGUCAACCUCACUGUGUAUGCUCGGCCUAUGACACGUAUGACCUUGACAACGCCCACGAUUGUGGCCAGGGCCCAGAAACGCAAGAUGACUGUUGCCACUUGUGUAUCAGCCAAUGGGAAGCCCCCAAGUGAAAUCAAAUGGGAAACCAGGUUGAAGGGCGAAGCCACUUCCCAGCAGACCCGCAACCUAAAUGGGACGGUGACAGUACGGAGCAACUAUGUGGUGAUACCGAGCCGUGAGACCCACAAACAGAAGCUUACAUGUAUCGUGAUGUACCGAAACGAGAGGAUCGCAGACAGCGUGGUGCUCAACGUGCAGUAUGAACCCGAGGUGAAGAUCGAGGGCUUUGAUGGAAACUGGUACCUGAACCGGCAGAAUGUUCAGCUGACCUGCAGGGCUGAUGCUAACCCCCCUGUCACGAUCUACCAGUGGAAACUCUUGAACGGCUCCCUGCCCAGUAAUGUGGAGAUCAAGAACAACACCCUGUUCUUCAAGGGGCCGGUGACUUACGACCUGGCCGGCACGUACGUCUGUGACGCCACCAACGGAAUCGGGACUCGCACUGGCAUUGUGGACGUCAACAUCACAGAAUUCCCUAACAACCCGCCACGUGGGGGCGAUGAGAUCCC